UUCACGUUCGUUUGAGUCACAAAAUGGCGAUCCAUUAGUAUUCCAAGAAGAACUACUGAACAAAUGUCGCAAUUUUGUGAUUCAUUCUUUAACAUAUUUCGCUAGAAUAACUCAUACCAUCGAAUCAUUGUUUUAUAUGCGAAUUCCGUAGGUUUUCAGUUAACUGAAAGCUUUCAUCUUCGAAAUAAUGAAAUAAUGAAUCUGGACUCACUGUCGCUGGCCUUAUCCCAGAUCUCGUAUUUGGUUGCAAACCUGAACAAAAAGAACUACAAAUCCAGUGUUACAGAAGUCUCUUAUUUGGUGCAGCAGCACGGUCUGGAAACUGACCGUCACCUGCUGCGCUGUCUCUUCUCCCACGUCGAUUUCAGUUGCGGUGACAGCAAAGGCAGUGGUAAAGAUUUUCAGGCCCAGCUGUUGAUACAAGAGUGCGCAUCACUUGUGUCAAAGUCAAAUUUCACAACAUUACUUUGUUUUGCGGUGAGCAACCCUCUGCAUUACCAAAAGACUCUGAGGCCAAGUCCUCAGCUUUUUUCUCAGAUCAGUAAAACUCUCAAGCUAUCUCGAGUGCAGGAGCUAGUGUUUGGCUUAGCUCUACGUCAUUCUUCUGUUCCAGAAAUACAAAUUCUAGCCACACAGUUUGUGAAGCUGAAGCUGCCAGAUUUAAUUCGCUCCUACGUGGACCCUGAUUUAAGCCAGGAAGUAGGAGGUUUGACCGAUAUUUCUAUUGAGGUUCUGCACUCGUUGCUGUCAUAUCUACUACAGGUUGGCAGAGACAAAAGCGCUGCUGUUACAGGUGUAUCACCACCACAGAGAGACACAUUCCUUGCUACAUUACGCAAAGAGUUCCCACGUGACCGUCUGCCGGUUAUUUUAGCACCACUGUUGUACAGUAGUGACGAAGACAUCACCAUGGAAAGACUAAUGUCAGAUAACUUGAAUGUACCCAAAGGCACUACUGAUAGCCUUCUAGCGGACGCACUGCAAGAAUUGGGCUACGGAUGCUGCCAAUCAAUGGAAGAGUGUCGCAAGACGCUGAUGCAGCUAGGUGUCCAGAACCUAACACCUUUGUCAAUUGCAAUGGUGCUUGGCAUGAUGGCUCGUACCCAUACAGGGCUCAGUGAUGAUAGCAUGAGUGUGCAGUUGUUGACAGGCUCGAAUACUUGGAGUGAUGGUAAAGACAAGAGUGAUCAAUCCACCUCAACGACAUGGAAUGCUGAAUUGUUCAUUGAAGCGGUACGUGACCUGGCGCCACAUAUUAAUUUCCGCGAUGUGAUCCUAGCGCUCGACCACCCAGGAUUUAUCUUGAAGGAUGUGCAAGGCUUGCGCUUGCUGAAACAAGCGUUGCUACGUGGACUGCAGGACAUGUUCCCGAUUGAGGUGCUCUACCGUAUCUGGAAGAACACCGAAGGACAGUUGUCAUGGAUACAACAGAUUUUAUCCAAUCCGGACGUGUUCUGCUUUGCUGAUUAUCCAUUCCAUGGGGUUGUUGUGGAAAUAUUGAAGGCUCUUCCAGAGGAGGACAACCGAGAAAUUGCUAAUUGGAAAUCAAUGGAGUUGACAGAAACUCUGUUGACAACAUCAGAGAUGGGAAAAUACGACCAGGUGAAGGCGCUCUUUGCAUUUCCAAUAAAACAUUGUCCUGAUAUGCUGCUCUUGAGUCUGCUGCAAUGUGGCGUAAGUUCUCUUCCGUCAGUAGACACACAGCCAAAAUGGACGUCACUACGACAUGAACUCAUCUCGAUAUUAAUCCCAAUCUUUUUGGGAAAUCAUCCCAACUCAAGUAUAGUGCUGCAAUAUGCCUGGUUAGGCAAUAGCCAAUCACCCUCUGUGCGACAAAUUAUCAUGCAUUCAAUGGCCGAAUGGUACAUGCGAGGUGAGAGUGAUCAAGCUAGGCUGUCGCGCAUACUAGACGUAGCCCAGGACCUGAAGGCUUUAUCCCUUCUACUUAGUGGUACACCAUUUAAAUUUGUGAUUGAUCUUGCCUGCCUAGCCUCCAGACGGGAGUACCUGAAGCUGGAUAAAUGGAUAACCGACAAGAUACGAGAACAUGGGGAAUUGUUUGUGCAAGCUUGCGUUGUUUUCCUGAAACGUCGUGCACCCCAGGUGCUAGGAAUAUCCGAGAAGGAUGUAGGUAACUACAAGCAAGGAAGUCUACCUUUGGAGACUGUCGGUACAAUGCUAGCAUGCCUGCAAGCUGCAGCAGGCACUGUAGCCCCUGAUAUUUCUGAGCAAAUCAUGAACAUGGUAGCCAACUGCUCAAACCUGUUGAAGUCUAGGCCUCCACCUGGUGUCAUGAAGCCGCAACCUAGCCCCGGUAUCAACCAACAGCCUGGCUUUCCUAGCUUAGGACAAGCUUUUGCGUCUCAGAUGGACCCACUUGCUGGAAUGCAAUCUUUGAACCUUGGUGGCAAUACAACACCUACAUCCAGUGUUGGUAUGGGUACUUUCCCACAGCAGUCGAUGAUGUCAUUGUUCAACGCUUCUCAGUCACCACCGAAGCCAUUCCCCAACUUGCCUCCUGUGUUGGGCGGAUCUGCUCUUCCGAAUAAUAACCAACAUCAGAUGCGGACAAAUAGUAAUAUGAUGCCAACACCUGCCAACAAGCCUGCUAGGCAAGGUGAUAUAGCCAGCAUAUGGCCGGAAUUAAACCAGACAUUCUCCCAAGAAAUUGACGACGAAGCCAAUAGUUACUUCCAGAAGAUUUACAACCAGCCGCCGAACCCGUCAAUGUCAGUAGAGGAAGUGAUUGAGAUGCUGAAGAACUUCAAAGACUCUGCAGUCAAGAAAGAAAGGGAGGUGUUCAUGUGUAUGUUGCGUAAUCUGUUUGAGGAGUACAAGUUCUUUCCGCAGUAUCCUGAUCGUGAGCUUCAUAUCACAGCUUGUUUGUUUGGUGGAAUCAUAGAACAAGCUCUUGUAACAUAUAUUGCACUUGGAAUUGCUCUUCGCUAUGUUUUAGAAGCACUACGUAAGCCCCAUGGUAGUAAAAUGUACUAUUUCGGUAUCGCUGCAUUGGACAAGUUUAAAACGAGAUUGAAAGACUAUCCUCAAUAUUGCCAGCAUCUGGCAUCUAUCCCUCACUUUGAACAGUACCCAGAAACACUCAUUGAGUACAUCCGGUACGGAGAACAACAGCGUGAACCGCCAUCUAGAAGCCAGACUGGCACAACAACGCCCUCAACGCCGACAGUUACCACAGUUACAUCAACUACUACAGGCAGUACAAAAACGACGACAACAAUUGCUACGGCAACAACAACAACAGCUGUGACAACAAAAUCCACCAAGCAUGUUCCUCCUUCAAUUGCAAACACGACGAACAUCAAUACUCUACUCGUUGCUCGGAAGGAUGAACCCAAAGAACCGCCUGAAAACAUACAGGACAAGAUUGCGUUCAUCUUUAACAACUUAUCACAGUCAAACAUGACAAUCAAGGCAGAGGAUAUUAAAGAGAGUGUGGCAGAGUACAAGCAGUGGAUUGCACAGUACAUGGUCAUGAAGCGGGCAAGCAUCGAGUUUAACUUUCACUCCCUCUACUCAUCAUUUGUCGACACUCUUAAAAUGCCAGAUUUCUCGAACAUGGUUAUUAAUGAAACACUUCGCAACAUUGAAGUAUUACUUGCAUCUGAUAAGAGUGAUUCUAAUUUCUCUGAUCGAUCGCUUCUGAAGAAUCUCGGUCAUUGGCUAGGCAUGCUGACGCUAGCUAAGAACAAACCAAUCCUACAAAUAAACAUCGACCUCAAGGAGCUGCUUCUGGAGGCUUAUCAUAAUGAACGCUCUGAGCUGGAACUGUUGUACGUUGUCCCGUUUGUCGCCAAGAUCAUAGAAUCGUGCGUGAAAAGUAAAGUGUUCAAGCCACCGAACCCGUGGACGAUGGCGGUUAUGGGUGUCCUGGCCGAGCUACAUCAGGAGCCGGACCUUAAGCUCAACCUCAAGUUCGAAGUGGAGGUGUUAUGUAAACACUUGAGCCUUGAUAUCAAUGAAGUUCCCAUUACAGGGUACCUAAAGGAAGGUGAGCGUCUUCUCAACUUCAAACCUAAACUUUCCGGUCGCCGCAAGCACAAAGACGAAUCAUCGACGUUGCCCCCGACAGUGUCUGACACGCCGGUUGCACCGACGCCAAGCACGGCCGUUGCACCGGCCACAUCAGGGACAACCCCUACUACUUCAUCGACGAUUGCACAACCACAAUUCAACUUUCAGGACUUGAAUACAUCAUCAUUGAGCGGGCUUUAUGCACAUAUUACUAUCAACAGCCAGGCUGAAGUUUUCCAAAUUGUUCCUCAACUACGUUUAUGUGUGCGGUUGGCAGUGGAGCGAUCGGUGCAAGAAUUAGUUCAGCCUGUUGUAGAGAGGUCCAUCAAGAUAGCACUUACCACUUGUGAACAAAUUGUGAAAAAGGAUUUUGCAUUAGAUCCGGAAGAGAAUCGUAUCCGACUGGCAGCUCAUCACAUGGUGCGGAACUUGACAGCUGGUAUGGCAAUGAUAACGUGCAGGGAACCACUACUGCUUAGUAUCAGUAACAACUUCAAGAGUGUCUGCUUGACAACACUUAAGGCUGCAACCCCUCAACAGAAAGAAGCAAUAGAACAGGCAGCCAGUAUGGUUGCUGCUGAUAAUGUAGAACUGGCGUGUGCUUUUAUCCAGAAGUGUGCAGUCGAGAAAGCCGUACCUGAAAUGGACCGUAGAUUAGCAACUGAGAUUGAACUUAGAAAGCAUGCAAGGAAUGAAGGACGUCGCUAUUGUGAUCCAGUCGUCCUAACCUAUCAAGCUGAAAGGAUGCCAGAGCAGAUUAGGCUAAAGGUUGGAGGCGUAACACCCACGCAGAUUGCAGUAUAUGAGGAGUUUGCUCGUGUUAUCCCAGGGUUCCUGCCAACAACAGAAUCAGCACAGCCAGUCCAGGUAACCAAUAAGCAGUCUUAUGCCCUGGAUGAGAUCACACAAAUCUACGAUAAAUGUGCAACAGAGAUCGAGCAGCACAUCCAACACGUGAGUAUGAUCGCACCAAACAACCAACACUUACACGUCAUGGAAUUGCUGUUGGAGGCCGUUGUCCUGGCACGCAACUCACGCGAGAUCGUCACGGCUCUAUCUCUUCUUCAAAAGGCUGUAGAGGGCUUAAUGGAAGGCUACAUUCCACUAAGUCUAGACCCUGAAAUCGCCAUGAGGUACCAGAAUACUCACCUGUUAGUCCUGAAAGCCCUCCAAGAUCAGAGGGCCUAUGGACCACAAUGGACCAAUAAACAAGUCACAAGGAUGGUCUGUGAGCAUAGAGGAGAACAAAAGUAUAACCUUGAUGCAAUUGAGGCACUGCUUCGAGCACACCUCAUCACUCUGCAAGCAUAUGAUUUGCAUAUUGCACAGUCUAUGGACAAUGGAAUGAACCCAACAUCAGUAACGUAUGCAAUGAACAUCGCUAAACGAUUUCUGAUUGACGAUAAACAGAGCAACAUCUUGAACGAAGCUGAUUUGUACAAUACAUUGCAAGUGCUUGCACGCAUCGCUGCACACUCCUCAAACCCACCUGACAUGCCUGGACCAUUUGCUGGGAGGUUAGCACACCUCAUUGAGCUGGUACGUCAAAACCAUGACCCUGCCUUCCUUGACAAAGCACCUGGAGGACCAACAUCUAUGAUGCACUCUGGUAUCUCGCAAGCACGGGAGUUUGAUGAUCCACCAGGCCUUCAAGACAAGACGGAAUAUCUACUCCGCGAGUGGGUUAACAUGUACCAUUCACCUGCUGGUGGACGAGAUAGCACCAAGGCAUUCUCGGCAUUUGUUAACCAGAUGCAUCAACAGGGUAUCCUAAAGACAGACGACCUCAUAACCCGCUUCUUCCGAAUCUGUACUGAACUGUGCGUGAAGCUGUGCUAUCACGCGCUGUCAGAGCAGGCGCACACAGCCACGUUAACACGUUCCAAGUGUUUCCACACAUUGGAUGCUUUUGUUAGACUGAUCGCACUGCUGGUGAAGCAUUCCGGCGAUGCGGCUAAUAGUGUGACAAAAAUCAACUUAUUGAACAAAGUACUGGGUAUUGUUGCCGGUGUACUGCUUCAUGACCAUGAGAAACGUGGCAGUGACUUCCAGCAGUUACCAUACCAUCGUAUCUUCAUCAUGCUACUCCUGGAACUUAACGCCCCUGAGCACGUACUCGAGACAAUCAACUUCCAAGUAAUGACAGCAUUCUGCAAUGCAUUCCAUGUGCUGCGUCCAUCUAAGGCACCUGGUUUUGUAUAUUCCUGGUUGGAGUUGAUUUCCCAUAGGAUCUUCAUUGCUAGAAUGUUAGCAACUAUGCCACAGCAGAAGCAAGGAUGGCCAAUGUAUGCUCAGUUGUUGAUUGAUAUCUUCAAGUUCGUUACUCCAUUCCUCCGCAAUGCUGAUCUUUCAAAGCAUGUAUCUCUCUUGUAUAAGGGAACUCUUCGACUGUUGUUAGUUUUGCUGCAUGACUUCCCAGAAUUCCUGUGUGACUAUCACUAUGGUUUCUGCGACGUCAUCCCGCCGAACUGUAUUCAAAUGCGCAACCUGAUCCUGAGUGCGUUCCCACGUAACAUGCGUCUACCGGACCCAUUCACGCCUAACCUCAAGGUUGACAUGUUGUCGGAUAUCACGCAACCUCCUCGAAUCCUUACAAACUUCGCUGCAAUGAUUCAGCCCGUGACAUUUAAGAAGGAGCUAGAUUCUUAUAUUAAGACGAGAAGCCCUGUCACUUUCCUGUCCGAGCUGCGAGGUCAUCUGCAAGUAUCACAUGAGCCAGGUCAGAGGUACAACGUACCCCUUAUGAAUGCACUAGUCCUAUAUGUAGGGUCACAGGCAAUAGCGUACAUCCACAGCAAAGGAAGCACGCCCUCUAUGAACACUAUAACUCAUUCGUCGCAUAUGGAUAUCUUCCAGAAUUUAGCAGUCGACUUAGAUACUGAAGGUCGGUACCUAUUUUUAAAUGCGGUGGCAAACCAGCUUCGCUAUCCAAAUAGUCACACACAUUACUUCAGUUGUACGUUACUCUACCUGUUCGCAGAAGCCAACUCAGAAGCCAUACAAGAACAAAUCACCAGGGUGCUGUUAGAACGUCUGAUAGUGAAUCGACCCCACCCCUGGGGAUUACUUAUCACAUUUAUUGAAUUAAUUCGCAAUCCAAGCUUCAAGUUCUGGGGUCACGACUUUGUGCACUGUGCACCAGAGAUUGAAAAGUUGUUUGAUACUGUAGCACGUAGCUGCAUGCAACAGAAGCAAGCAAGUACAACAAAUCAGGCCAACUCACCUUCAUAGAUAAUGCUUAAUAGGCUGUGCCAACAAGCAAUUUAUGAUGUAAUGAACGUGCUCAAGAAUCGAUGCAGUAAAAGUAAAUAAUUUUAUAACCGCAUGACUUACAGGUCUGAAAACUAUUUUGUAAAGUGUCUUGUGAGUGUAGAAUGAUUUUCAUUAAAUAAAAAAUUGUUGCAUCUGAAUUUUAAAAGGUGGCAGGAUUAUAAACCAAGCCACCACCAAAGAAUUAUUUCUCUAAUUAUAUAAAGAAAAACAUUUAAAAAAUUAAGAUAUGCUUAUAAUAUGGUUUAGAUAGCAUGAAAUGUAACUUUGUAACCUAACUAUUUUAUUAUAUUGUAACUUAUAACAAAGUCUACCUACAAGCUAUACAUUUGGAUCAAAAACUUUUUUUUUUACAUGUUUUCAGAAAUUACCUGGAAUGGUGCCAUAAUAUACGGUACUAACUGAGCCUUAGUAGAGAAUACAGAUAUACAGUUCAUUUCCAUAAUAAAAAUUGACUAAACAACUACUAUAUCAUGUUACUUAAAAGUUUUUUUUAUGUUUCUUUGGUUAGUUUUCAAUCUUGCUGAGAAAAUGGUAUUUCUUUAGUUUAAAGUCACAAUUUUGUAUUGAAAUUUUAAAGAACCAAAGAAAAUAAAAUUGCAUUUUCUUUGGUGUUUGACAGUUACCACUAUUGGAGGUAAUGUGUCAGACAGGUUGUGUAUAAAUACUUUGGUUAUAAAUUGCAUUGUACAAGAAAGAUGUAGAUUAGUGGAUAAUAAAAAAAACCUUUUCUGUGUUAUUGAAUGCUAA